AUGGUGGACUUCAUCAAGCAUGAUGCCCAGAUGGAUUACUAUGGCACCCGCCUGGCCACCUGCUCCUCAGACAGGUCUGUCAAAAUCUUUGAUGUGCGCAACGGAGGGCAGAUCCUCAUUGCUGACCUCAGAGGUCAUGAAGGUCCUGUGUGGCAGGUGGCCUGGGCCCACCCCAUGUAUGGCAAUAUCCUGGCAUCUUGCUCCUAUGACCGGAAAGUCAUCAUCUGGAAGGAGGAGAAUGGCACCUGGGAGAAGACCCAUGAGCACUCAGGACAUGAUUCCUCAGUGAACUCUGUGUGCUGGGCACCCCAUGACUAUGGCCUGAUCCUGGCCUGCGGGAGUUCAGAUGGGGCCAUCUCCCUGCUGACCUACACGGGCGAAGGCCAGUGGGACGUGAAGAAGAUCAACAAUGCUCACACUAUCGGCUGCAACGCAGUCAGCUGGGCUCCUGCUGUUGUACCUGGAAGCCUCAUAGACCAGCCGUCUGGGCAGAAACCCAGCUACAUCAAGAAGUUUGCUUCUGGUGGCUGUGACAACCUCAUCAAACUCUGGAAGGAGGACGAGGACGGCCAGUGGAAGGAGGACCAGAAGCUGGAGGCACACAGUGACUGGGUUCGAGACGUGGCCUGGGCCCCCUCCAUUGGCCUGCCCACCAGCACCAUCGCCAGCUGCUCCCAGGAUGGCCGAGUGUUCAUCUGGACCUGUGAAGAUCUCUCGGGCAACACAUGGUCGCCUAAGUUGUUGCACAAGUUCAACGACGUUGUGUGGCACGUGAGCUGGUCCAUCACCACCAACAUCCUCGCUGUCUCAGGUGGUGACAACAAGGUACAGCCCACCUCCAGUGCCCCAUGCAGGGUGGCGAGCCUGGGGUCACAUAGUCAUGUGGACAUCGACUUUGCUGCCAGUGUCCUGCUCACCACGCUGCUGGCCGAGGAGAGCCAAUCAGAGACACUGACGCAGUGUGCCUCAGAGCUGUGUGGCUCUGGGGGAGGCACAGCCCUCCUGGCGGAUCAGUUUACCUUCCAGUGA